UUUCGUCCUCCGCGCUUAUAGCACCGCUCACCCCUGAACAUUCCAGACCACCCCCCGAUCGAUUGCGAACGCACCGCCUUGCAGUCCGUCCCCCCCGGCGCUCCAAGCAACAUGGCCUCGGAGCAUACCAUCACGCAGGCCCUGUUGGAAUGGAUCAACAGUUUCGCCCUGGGAAAGACGAUCCGAACCACCGACGAACUGACCGACGGGGCCAUCAUCUGGGAGGUGUUGCAGGACAUUGACCCUCAAUACUUUCUCGACGAGUUACCCCACCAGGAUGCCUCCGAAAAUCUGCUGUCGAAGCUCCAGAACCUGAAAUACAUCCACAAGACCGUCGUCGGCUACAUCCGCCAGCAGCCCGAUGGCCUCCCCUCGGGCCUGGACCCGAACCCGAACCUCGAAAUCGUGGCGGAAAACAACUCGGUCAAGGAGUCCAACAAACUGCUGAAGCUGGUGCUGAUCUCUGCGAUCAACUCGCCCAACGCGGGCUUGUACGUCGAGACCCUGCAGAAGUUGAGCACGCCGACGCAGGAGACCCUCAAGCAUGUUUUCGAAGUGGCGCAGUACGACCAGAUGGAUGGCUCCGACGUCGCGGACGAGAUGAAGGAGGAAAACCGGGAUGCGUCCGUGGACCUGGAGCUGCGGUUUGAGGAGCGGAUGGGGAAAAUGCUGGCCGACCGGGACCGGCUGACCCACGAGAAGAAGGAACUGGAGAAGACCCUGGAGGACAUGCAUAACCGCCUGGCGCGACUGCAGGAGAACAACGACACGCUGCAGAGCCGGUUGGCCUCGACCGAGGAUCGGUUGGUGAAUCUGAAGGCUGGGAAGGGGGACCUCGGCUUCAAUGCGAAGGCCCUGGAGUGUCGGUCCCGCCAGCAGGAGGAUAUCAUCGCGACCCAAGAGGCGCGCUUGUCCGCCGCCCAGGACGAGGUCGACAGCCUGCAGAUGUCGGUGGAGUCGCUUCGCGUCAAGAAUGAGCGGUACCAGCGGCUGCAGGAUGACUAUGAUGUGCUGAAGACGGAGCGGGACCAGUUCGCCCGCAAGGCCAACGCCGCGGAGAAGUAUCGGUCCAAGUUACAAGCCAGCCAGGACUUUGAGAAAGAGAACCAGGCGUUAAAGAAUCAGAUCAAGGAUAUUCAGCAGCAGUUGAAGGACGCAGAUGCGCAGCAGCGAAGGGCCACGGAACGCGACGUGGAGCUUGAGGAGUAUAAGCGAGUGCUGCCGCGCAUUGAACAGGAAUGCAGCGAGAUGCAGAGUCUGAAGAAGCAGUUUGAGUUCAACAAUCACGCCCUCACUGAACGUCUUAGCAGCGCCGAAGAGCAGCGCGAGAGAGACGACGCCCUGAUCAGUGAACUCCGUGAGCGGAUACGGGAAAUCGAAGGAUCGCCAAGGAGCCCAUCUCUCACCCCGAGCAGUGAAACACCACGUAUGCAGGGUACAUUACAGAAGGACUUUGAAGACAUCGGAAUCCAAGAAUCGCAACUGAAAUCCGAGAACGAUGACUUGAAAAAGGAAACCGAGUCAUUGAAGGGACCCCCGACCCGGCCCGGCUCGCAAAUCGAUGGGUUCUCUGAAGCCUUUGGCGAGACCCUACAUCAGGCCCGCGAACGAUCCACUCAAGACGAGGAGUAUUGGAGACUUUACGAUCAGUACACGUCUUUACUCGCCAAGACGGCGGAGACCCAGGAUUCUCUUGCAUUGGCUAAGAGAGAUAUUACCGACAUGCAAACGUUGGACUCACUCUCCAACAAAGAAAAAAUGGACAUGAUCAACAGUGCCAGAGAGAGCAACGCCGAGGAGCUGGCCAAGACUCGCGCAGAAUGCGACGAAGCUAAGCACAAGAUCUACGUUCUCGAAGCGGAACUUGAUUCCACCCAUACGUUGGUCAGACAGACUUCCACUGAGCGAAACAAGCUGCAGGAGAUGCUCGAUACCCGGCAGACCGUGAUCGCCGAAAGCCGCGUGGAAGAUGACGAGACUAUGAGUGAAAUGAAGAAACUGCUCACUGAGAUUGCUGCGCAAGAGAGCGGUGAUGUUUCUGAGGCUUCUCAGAAGUCCGGAGUUGAGCUUACCAAGCAGGUCGUGGAGUUGAUCGAAAAGAACCUGGAGCGGCUGGCUCAACGUGCAGAGUAUAUCCACAACCAAAACGAACACAUCAAAUACCUCCAAGAGCGCAUCAAGCAUUUCGAAGAAUUCGCCGAGGACGGUAUUAGCCGAGAGCGCGAGGUCGAGCUCCAAAAAAUCAUCGACGCACAAUCGCGAGAACUCGCCCUGAUGUGUUCCUCCUGGUACGAAGUCCAGAGCCGGCUGAUGAACAACAACGUUACCAGCUCCCGAUAUCGCAACGGACUAGCGGACGCCCAAAAGGGCUGGCUGGCAAGACAACGGAAUAUGGUGGCUGGCCGGUAGUCUUGAGCCUUGUUUCGCAUUGCAGUCGCUUUACUACUAUCAACGUCUCCAAUCUAGCUGGGGACUCUCCGGCUGGUGAUUAUUUUCUCCUCCCUCCAUGUUCCUUUUCUUCUCUUCAUAUAUACAUAUGCGCCUUUUCUAGACAGUUCGAAACUUCCUUUUCCUUUUAUUGUGCACCCAUGCUGCUUCUGCUCGCUGGGUCUGUAUAUAUGUGUAUAUACCUGAUAUUUCACCUGACAGUAUACUCUACUAUUUAGAAGACGACGUGAC